AUGUACCUAACGCGAAGAUGCUCUCAGGCCAGUCCUCAGCCUCAAGCUCCUCCUUGGAGCGCCUCGCCUCCCCCGCAGAGUGGAACACCAAAUCCUUACUAUAGGAACCAACAACAACCACCACCACCACAGCAACAACAGACUCCUUAUGGCCAACAGCCGGCCUAUGGUCAACAACAAGCACCUUAUGGUCAACAGCAAGCAUAUGGUCAACCCCAGCCUGCCUAUGGACAGCAGCAACAACCCUAUGGAGCGCCACCACAGCAACCAGCUUACGGGCAGCAAUACCCCUCUAACCAGGCUCAUUACGGACAAGGCCCACCCGGCCAAUUCCGUCCAGGCCAACAGCCUGGAUACCCUCCACAGGGACAAGGCUAUCCUCCCCAAGGUGGUGCUCCAGGCUACCCACAGGGUCAACCCGGCCAACAGCAAUUCGGUGGCCCUCCAAACCCCCAGAUGCAGGCUGCUUACAAGCAGGUUCUCCAGAGCUGUAUCAACGAGAAGCAGCUACAGGGCAUGUACCCACCAGGCUCCCCAGCUCUUGACCAGAUGGUGAGCAGAAUUAGCGGCCAGGUUGAUCAACUCUGCGCUACUUGGCGUGUCCCUCGCGAGGUUGGCCAGGAUAUCGUCAAGCUCUCGCUUUUCGAUGUUGUCCUGUACAUCGACGACAGUGGCUCUAUGCAGUUUGAAGAGAAUGGCGAGCGUAUCAAAGAUCUCAAGCUCAUCCUCUCCCGCGUGACAUUCGCCACCUCCUUGUUCGAUGACGAUGGUAUUCAAGUCCGAUUUAUGAACUCCAAUGAGCAAGGUAACAACAUCCGAAAUGAGGGACAGGUCGAAGCUCUUAUGCAGCGCAUGCAGUUCAAGGGUCUCACCCCCAUGGGAACCAGCUUGAAAAACAAGGUCUUGGAACCAUUGGUCCUCGCUCCCGCCAGAGCUGGUCAGCUCAGGAAACCAGUCUUGGUCAUUACCAUCACAGAUGGUCAGCCUGCCGGAGAAGCCCAGGGCGCCGUAUUCGACGCUAUCCGCAGUGCGGUCCAAGAGUUGCAGUCCAACCCAAGAUACGGCCGUGGAGCCGUCUCCUUCCAGUUUGCCCAGGUUGGAAAUGACUUGAAGGCCAGAGAGUUCCUCUCCAAGCUUGAUGAGGAGCCUGGUAUUGGAGAGCUUGUCGAUUGUACUUCCAACUUUGAGGUCGAACAAGACGAGAUGUCUCGUGCCAACCCACCAGUUGACUUGACUCCCGAGCUCUGGCUUGCAAAAAUGAUGCUCGGCGCCAUUGACUCCUCCUACGACACCAAGGACGAGAAGACCCAGCGGGCUCCUGGCGGAGCACCACCACCUGGUCAAUAUGGCGCACCACCACCUCAAGGCCAAUACGGCGGUGGCUACGGCCAACAGCCUCCUCAGCAAGGCGGCUACCCCGGUGGCGGCUACGGCCAGCAACCUCAGCAAGGCGGCUACGGACAACCACCACCACAGCAGCAGCAAGGUGGCUAUGGACGUCCUCCACAGGGCCCUCCUCAGGGAGGACCAGGCGGCUACCCGCAACAAGGUGGCUAUGGCGGCCCACCACCACCAGGCCGUUAUUAG